AUGAUCACCCUUCUCUCGUAUUUUCUCUAAAAAAAAUAGGAAAAUUUGAAAGGAUAAAAAGAAUUCUGGAAUAAAUUUCAGCUCUUAAUUCUAGAUGAAUUGAGUGAAAUUUUAGUGUUUGAAGAUACGCUUGGAUUUGAUGAAGAUUUUAAUAGGGACAAUUUCGAAUUCAUAUUAUAAUAAAUGCAAGAAUUAUAUGAUACGCGUGGAUUUGAUGAAGAUUUUAAUAGGGACAAUUUCGAAUUCAUAUUAUAAUAAAUGCAAGAAUUAUAUGAUACGCGUGGAUUUGAUGAAGAUUUUAAUACGGACAAUUUCGAAUUCAUAUUAUAAUAAAUGCAAGAAAAGAAUUUGAUAGAACAAUCAAAUAUCAUAUAGAAAGAAUUAAAAACAAAUGAAUUAUCAGAGGAAAUAGAUAUUUUCCUAAAUUCUUACCCUAUUCAGAACUAUUAACUUGUUCUUGAUUUGAUUCCCUAUGAGAAGUUUUCAUAGUUUUACAACAUGGUAAAAUAAUCAAGUGUGGUUUAUACAUAUUUGAAAAAUUACUUCAUUUUUUUGGGAGUAAUAAACUAAUAGAAUAAUAUCAAAGGUUAAUUUGAAUCUUAAAUUAAGUUGUAUAAACUAUUUUUCCCAUUCUCAAAUAUGUUAUAAUAUAUGGAUUCUUCACAUCCAUAUUUAUUAUCAGAAUUCGUUGAGAAAUUAUAUCAAUACUCUUGGUAAAUUUGUGGCCAGUAAAAAUCUGUAUAAAUCUGUGGCGGUGAUUAAAGUUAAAUUUAACUUAAUAACAUGCUUAAACGUGUUUUUAACAACUAUUUAAACUAAUAAAUGUUUUUAGUAGAAUCAGAAAAAAUGAAAUUUUAUACUUCUGAAAAAUAAUAAUUUUAACAUCAUAAAAAAGUUGUUUUAAAUGGUAAAGUAGAAGUUCUCUUCGGAAUUAAGAAAGAACCAUUGGAAUUUAUAGAUGAAAUUGAUUGUAUUCUAUUAAACUAGAAAAAGUUCGAUCUGUAAAGCUAAUUACAGCUAUAUGUUUAAAAAAUUCAAAAUAGAUAAAGAGAUAAUUAACGCGUUAGUAAAAUUAUCUUCCAUAAAGGCAUACAGAAUUAUAAUAAGAUAAAUUAAUAGAAAAUAUCAGAAAGUCCAUUUGAUAUUAUUAUAAGUCUAUGUAAUUAUUCAGGCAUAGUUUUCGGGUCAUAAAAUUAAGACUAAUAGUUUGUAAACGAUUGUGAAAUUCAAUUAAAUCUUAUAAUAAACAGAUUAAUUCAAUAAAUUAUCAACUCUAUAACUGCUGAUAAAACUCCAUAUAAUUUUGAAUAAUUGAACUGUUAAUCUUUGUUCAAUUGCUUCGUCUAAGAUUUGAUGAAGAUAUAAAACUUGAAGAUACAAAAGCAAAAUAUCUUCUUAUUGGAGAACACCAAAAAUUAUCUUGCUCUUUUAUAUGAAAUUGCAGGAAAUCACGGAGUUGAUAUGGUGGUUAAAUUGUUCGAAGCCUUAUUCUCAUAAUUUAAUUCUUCAAAUUUUCAUAGAAUAAGAUAGUAAAAUUAAGGUUUUGGAUUUUAAUAACUAAUAGAAAUAAUUUCAGAUUCACUAUGCUAUUUUGAUGGAGAUCAACUUUGGACAGAGACAAAUAAAUUAAUAUAGUACAUUAUCUAGGUUCUAUAUAUAAAUAAUAAAAGAGAAUCCUCAUAUUUGGAAGUGAUACAAGUAGCUCAAUCUGUUUUAUUUUAAGAUUGCUUAGACUUUUUCAAAGCUACAUAAUUUAGAGAUGAUUUAUAAGAUAAAAUGUUUACAAAAGUUAUGGAAGAAAUGAUUGAUUCAAUAAAAUAAAAUGAAAAUGUAAAACAUUUAGAGGAGAUAUUAAUAAUGAAAUCAUCCCAUAAUUAAGAUCAUAAGCAAUGA